CACAUCCUCUAUAAAGAGACCACCCUCAACUUCAUCUUAUAAAUAAAAGCACUAAACUCUCACUCUCUUUAUUAACAUAACGCUACUAUUAGUCACACAAAAAACAGAGCCUCUGCUCUCAUGGACAAGGCCAUACCCGAGUCUUGGAGACCCGACCCAGUCCAUUCGGGCCUGUACCGGCCACCGGAGACCCCACGUGAGCCCAUGGAGUUUCUGUCAAGGUCAUGGAGUGUUUCAGCUCUGGAGGUCUCUAAGGCUCUGGCACCACCACCACAAAUGGUACUCUCUAAGACCUCUAGUGGUGUUGUUAAUGUGAAUGGUAGUGGAGCUAUAAUGGAGGACUUGGCUGGUGAGUUAGAGGAGGCUGCUACGGUUUCUGGGAACCCUUUUUCGUUUGCUUCGUCUGAGACCUCUCAGAUGGUCAUGGAGAGGAUCAUGUCACAGUCGGAGGUAUCUCCACGAACCUCAGGUAGACUAUCACACAGUAGUGGACCUCUCAAUGGAACUCAGAGCUGUGGCUCCUUAACCGACAGCCCACCCGUCUCUCCAUCUGAAAUCGACGAUGUUAAGUAUGGCCGCUCAAGCAACCAGCAUAACACCCAAUUCCGUGCCGCCACAACAGGCGGCCCCACCCCCGCCGCUGGUGGUGGCAAGACGGUGGGGAGGUGGCUGAAGGACAGGAGGGAGAAAAAGAAAGAAGAGACCAGGGCCCAGAAUGCCCAGCUCCAUGCUGCCGUUUCGGUUGCUGGGGUGGCGGCUGCUGUCGCCGCUAUUGCUGCUGCCACUGCUGCCACGUCUGGGGCUGGGAAAGACGAGGUAAUGGCAAAGACCGACAUGGCGGUGGCAUCUGCUGCCACGUUAGUUGCUGCCCAGUGUGUCGAGGCGGCUGAGGCCAUGGGGGCCGAGCGUGAGCACCUCGCGUCGGUUGUAGGCUCUGCCGUUAAUGUCAGGUCAGCGGGGGAUAUUAUGACAUUAACUGCCGGAGCAGCCACAGCUUUACGUGGGGCUGCCACAUUGAAGGCAAGGGCAUUGAAGGAAGUUUGGAAUAUAGCUGCAGUUAUACCGGUAGAGAAAGGAAUGGGAGUUCCUAAUAACGGUAGCAACGGUAAUUCCAACAGUAGUUACAGUGGUGAGCUUGUUCCUGAAGAGAAUUUCCUGGGCAUAUGCAGUAGAGAAUUACUUGCGAGAGGCUGUGAGAUCCUCAAGCGCACCCGCAAAGGUGAUCUUCAUUGGAAAGUAGUCUCUGUUUACAUCAACAGACUGAACCAGGUUAUGUUGAAGAUGAAGAGCAGGCACGUUGCUGGGACCAUCACAAAAAAGAAAAAGAAUCAGGUGUUGGAGGUAAUUAAAGAUAUGCCAGCAUGGCCUGGCCGCCACUUGCUGGAAGGUGGUGAGCACCGCCGUUACUUUGGAUUGAAGACCGUUAUGCGUGGAGUCGUAGAAUUUGAGUGCAAGAACCAGAAAGAGUAUGAUAUCUGGACUCAAGGUGUGUCAAGGCUGCUCACAAUUGCUGCAGAGAAGAAUAGCAGGCAUAGAGUUUGAACUUUGAAAUGUGUUUGUUUGUUUACAUUAGGGAGGGGGUGAAAUUUUGGCAGAUGGCAAAGUGGGGACUAGGAUUUUAUGGCCCUAUGAACAUAAUAGAUAUUUUAAAAUAUGGUGGGGGCUGGAUUUUUGUGUUCCUAUUGUAAAAAGAAGAAAAUUAAAAGAUAAGUUAUUAUCCAAAUGGGAUCACUUUAAUCAUGGGGGGAAUAUGUAUUUUGAGCUUUUCUUUUUGUUUCUGAAUGGAAAAGUAAAGUGAUUAUCAAAGUAACAAACACCAUGUGAUUCAAGUCCUUGUUGUUUCACUGUUGUUUGAUGAAAGAAAAAGGAGUAUCUUGGACUGGGGCAGUCAAAAAGAGAAGGAACGAAUCCCGUUUUAAGUAAAGCAUAAUAUUUAGUAGAAGAUGAGGACAAUGUCCGAUUCUAUGUGUAUGCUUUAUUUUAUUAUUAUGUGAGUUUGGCUUUUGUCCCUUGAUCGUUUUGGGAGCAUAGUUUAUGACUUUUAAGGUUUCUGAUGUGGUGGAACCAAAGAUUGUCUUGUUCUGUAAUCUUCCACUUUAUAUAAUAAUUUUGAUUUGGAUUAAGUGAA